GGACUUCAGAAAUGCCACCUCUGUGCCUUUGAAUGAAACUGUAUGUGAAAAUUGGAGAGAGAUCCAUCACCUGGUUUUUCAUAUGGCCAAUAUAUGUUUUGCAGUGGGGUUGGUUAUUCCAACUACUUUAAAUCUCCAUAUGAUUGUCCUACGAGCUAUGCUGACAAUGGGGUGUUUACUUUUUAUCAUCUGGGCAGCCCUUUUUCGUUGUGCUGUGGAUAUGGUAAUCUGGAACUCGGUGUUCCUUGUUGUCAAUCUUGUGCAUUUUAUGUACUUGCUGUACAAGAGGAGGCCGAUAAAAAUAAAUAAAGAGCUCAGUAGCCUAUACAAGAGAAUGUUUGAACCACUCCAUGUUCCUCCACAGCUAUUCCAAAGAUUGACAGGACAGUUCUGCGAAAUUCAGACUCUAAAAACAGGUCAAGCAUAUGCUGCAGAAGAUAAAACAUCAGUGGAUGAUCGAUUAAGUAUUCUACUAAAAGGAAAAAUGAAGGUCUCCUAUAGAGGACAUUUUCUGCAUAAUAUUUACCCAUGUGCCUUUAUAGAUUCUCCUGAAUAUCGAUCAACUCAGAUGAAUCGGGAUGAGAAAUUCCAGGUGUCAAUUACUGCUGAUGAUAACUGCAAAUUCUUAUGUUGGUCCAGAGAGAGACUUGCGUAUUUUCUAGAAUCAGAACCUUUUCUUUUUGAAAUAUUUAAGUAUCUUAUUGGAAAGGAUAUUACAAAUAAGUUAUACUCAUUAAAUGAUCCAACCCUAAGUGAUAAGACAUCCCAAAAAAUAGAUCGCCAGCCCAGUCUGUGUUCCCAACUGUCUGUGAUGCAAAUGAGGAAUAGCAUGGCAAGUUCAAGUGAUGGUGAAGACGGAUUAGAAAAUUUUCUCCGUGGAACUUCUACUGCAUCUACCCUUCAGUUGCAGAAAUUCCCAUUGAAUGACCCUUUGGAGGAGACAAAACAUUUCUGAGUCACAGCAUUAUAUUUGAAAUAUCAUGAACAGUAUCCAGACAAAUAUCUUCUAUCCAGAUGGGCUGUUUUAUAGAGUCCUCAACAUCUUUUUCGUAGUAUGGUGACCAAAACUGGCUGCAGUAUUCCAGGUGUGGCC